AUGCCCAAACGGGAAAGUUUGCUUGUUGUGGCUUUAAUUUGUGGCGGUGCAAAAGCUGCGGACCGCAAAGCUCGCCUUGCGAAACUAGCGUCCCUAAAGAGACAACGAAGCGAGACCGAGAGCAAUUCCGCAGACCAGAAAGACUCGGAUGGCAGCACCGUGCCUCAAUAUCUGUCUGGACGAAACUACGACUGGGAGUCAAAGGGUGCAAAGCUUGGAUUUGAGAAUGACCCCACUCGAGACGCCGUUACGUUAGAAGACAAGGCAGCUGAAAUCGCCGCGGCGACUGCUCAAGCUGCGCAAGAAAAUGAAGACGCUGAUAAACCAAUUGACCUGUUUAACUUACAACCCAAGAAGCCUAAUUGGGACUUGAAGCGGGACCUUGAGCAGAAGAUGAGAGUGUUGGACGUUAAGACGGAGAACGCUAUGGCUCAGCUUGUCAGACAGCGGAUACAGAAUUCCCAGGCUGCGGUAAAGGACAAACACAUAGGAGACAAUGAUGGAGAUGAAGAUUCCGCCGGAAUCGACGGUGAAAUGCUCGUCCAGGGUAUUCAUACCCGAGAGCAGGAGGAAACUAAGCAGAGGAGGGAGGGAGAAGACUGGAGUUAA